UUUGCACCAAUUGGACUUGUGACCAUUCUCUAAACUCAUUUAAUUUCCCGUAGUAACAAAUAAAAACUCCUACCCAAUUUUUCUUCUCGCCAGUAUCAGCAUAUCCACCAUCUUCACUAUUUCUUUCAUACAACACCAUUUUUGAACUACAAAAAGAACAAAACUUUAAACCCAAAUUGAGUUGGGUCAUUCAAAAAAAAAAAAAAUAAAAAAAAAUCACCAAGAAUCUGAUAGAAGUGAAGCUAUAUCUAUCGACCCAAAACCUCUUUUAACUGGAAUUCCAAAUAGUAAGCAUUUUCUUUAUCUAUUUUCCUACUAUUCAUCCUCUUCUUUGGUAGUAACUUUCAAUAUGCUGUUAGUUUUUAGGCACCAUUUUGCCCAUUCCUGCUCAAAAUCAAUUCUUUUUAGUAUUAAAGAUCCUAACGUUAUUAAAAUAACUUGCUUGAACACUUCAUAUUAUCAUUCACUUGUAUACCCUUUUAGGUAUAGUUGUAGAAAAUCUUUUUCUUGGCCAUCAAAUUCUAGACUAAAUUUAGCUCACACCCAAUUCAGCUUAGUAUCUGUAAAACCAUUUUUGCCUGUCAAUUUAUAUUCUUCAAGUGCACCUGGUUGGCUAAGAUGUAUUAAAGGUCCUAACUUUACUAAAAUUACUUGCUUGAACACUUCAUAUUAUCAUUCAUAUGUAUACCCUUUUAGGUUUAGUUCUAGAAAAUCUUUUUCUUGGCUAUCAAAUUCUAGACUUUUUUUAGCUCACAGCCAAUUCAGCAUAGUAUCUGUAAAACCAUUCUUGCCUGUCAAUUUUUAUUCUUCAAGUGCACCUGGAUGGCUAAGAGGACCUCCAUCAAGAUCUUUGAGAAAAAGGAUGAAUAGAAGAGCAAGAAUUGCAGCAAUGCCUGUUCUUGAUGAAUCCCAAUUUCAAAAAGCUGUAUCUCAAAUUCCACCUAGAUUUACCCCUGAAGAAUUGAGGGAUGUUAUGAUUUCACAAAAAGAUCCUUUAGUGUGUUUCGAGUUGUUCAAUUGGGCAUUGAAACAGCAUAGGUUCAGGCAUAAUGUUUCGACGUUCCAUGUUGUCAUACAAAGGCUUGGAGAAGGUAAUAUGUAUAAAGAAAUGGAUGAUAUUGUUAAUCAAGUGCUUGCUAUUCCAUCUAUUGGGUCUGAGGAACUUUUCAAUUCGAUGAUUUAUUACUUCACGGAAGCUAGGAAGUUGACUAGAGCAGUGAUGAUAUAUAAGCAUAUGUUAAACAGUAGGAAAUUGGAUUGUAGGCCGACGAUUAGAACUUAUAAUAUUCUUUUCAAGGCGCUUCUUAGUAGGAGGAAUAAUUCAUAUAUAAAUCACAUGUAUAUGGAAGCUAUAAGGUCCCUUUUCAAACAAAUGAUUGAUAAUCAGAUUGAACCAGAUAUUGUUGCCUUGAAUACUUUGAUAAAAGGGUAUGUGCUAUCGCUUCAUGUAAAUGAUGCCCUUAGGAUAUUUCACCAAAUGGGUGUGGUUUACGAGUGCCAACCCAACUCAUUUUCAUAUGAUUAUUUGAUCCAUGGGUUAUGUGCACAAGGACGUACAAAGAAUGCUAAGGAGAUUUAUGAUAAGAUGAAGUGCAAAGGAUUAGUACCUAGUAGUAAAUCAUAUAACUCGCUAGUGAACUCUUUGGCUCUUGGUGGAGAGGUUGAUGAGGCUGUGAAAUUCUUGUGGGAGAUGAAUGGAAACCGAAGAACAAUUGAUUUCAUCACCUUCAAAACAGUAAUUGAUGAAGUCUGCCGGCAAAGAAGUGUGAAAGACGCUAUUGGCUUGUUGAAGGAGUUGCAAGAUAAGGAACUUGUCGAUGGUCUUACCCAUAACAAGCUUCUAAGUGAACUUGAAGAUGACAUUGAUAAUUUAAAUAUCAGAAAUCAUUAAGAGAUGGGAUGCUGUUGCUGCGUUGCAUGAGCAAAAUUGACUUGGUGAAAAGAACACUACUAAAACUACAAACUUCAAUUAAGGCCUGGGAGGUAGGAGGGAGGGAAUAGAUUGACGUACCUACAUUCUGUUCUAACCAAGCACAGCAAAUGUUACAUUGAGAAUUUUAUGAUGCUGCAGCUAAGCUAAGAAAACAACUCUGACAAGGUGGCUUUGGGGAAAGCAGUUUCUAUUGACAAGAGCUGAACCUACUGAGUGCUUGCCUUGAAACAAUGGCUGCAUGCAGUCUAGUUUUUGUAGGGGUGGCCAAAAAGAAUUGGGUUUUCAAUGGAGAUAUGAGAGAGCUGCCAGAACACAACAAAUUUUCCUCAUGGAAGAUGUAUUUGUGUCUAAUAUGGAGUGAGGAGCAAGAGUCAAGAGACAAGAUGAACCCCUUUAAAAUCUUUCUUAUGAGCUAGAUGUGAUAAAUACAUCAAUUGUAUAGGUGUUCUCCUUUUCAAAACUUUUAUUAGCUUUGCUUGGAAAGUAUACUUCCUUCUAUAUAGUCAAGAGUUGGGAAGGUCCACUUUUUUAUUCUUUUCUGUGUUUCUUACCUUGGCUUGAUUAUCAUAUUUAUCAAGUUAUCUUUUAAGUAUGCCA